CAGCCGCGGAGUCCUGAGGAACCGACCGGCACCAUGUUCCUGACUGCGCUCCUCUGCCGCAACCGCAUUCCCGGCCGUCAGUGGAUCGGGAAGCACCGGCGGCCGCGGUUCGUGUCGUUGCGCGCCAAGCAGAACAUGAUCCGCCGCCUGGAGAUCGAGGCGGAGAACCACUACUGGCUGAGCAUGCCCUACAUGACCCGGGAGCAGGAGCGCGGCCACGCCGCGGUGCGCAGGAGGGAGGCCUUCGAGGCCUUAAAGGCGGCCGCCACCUCCAAGUUCCCCCCGCAUAGAUUCAUUGCGGACCAGCUCGACCAUCUCAAUGUCACCAAGAAAUGGUCCUAACCCUGAGUCGUCAUCCUCGGAUUUUAUGGAUCACGGGGCUGCCCUUCUUUACCUGGUUCUGGAACUGAAAAACUGUAGCUACUGUGAAAAUGAGCCUUUGGACCAGUGUUUAUUAAAACAAACAAACAUGAAUAGUCUGCAUAUAGAAUAUCUAGGGCUCUAAACCCUCCAAUACUUAAAAGUGUAAUCGCUGUCCUGUCGUUUCUUUAGUCUGAUAGGAAGAUAGGGAUUUCCUCAGACACAUGAUAUUUUGAAGGAAAGCUGCAAUAAA